GCUCGCUUCGAAACCGACGAUGGCGAAGACCGGUCGACUCGAGGCCAUGAACGCCUCACCUAACCACUCCAAGGUGAAGGUCUCCCUGAAGCUCCCUGACGGUACCUUCGUCGCCGGUGGCGUUGUUACCGGCAAGAUGGAAAUGGAGUGCAAGGCGGACCGGGGCUUGGGGAUCGGUGUAAUCAUGGUAGAAUUAUUCGCAGUAGAGGAGCUCACAUCGCGGGACCAUUCUGCGACGUCGACAUUUCUGCAUACGAGACGACUCUUCCAAGGUCAAGGGCUUCCGCCAUCCAACGCCGUACACCCUUAUCCUGACCCGGGCGAUCCUCCUUUGCCAUCUCAUUACUAUCAUGCGCGUCGCGGCGCAACGACCUUUUUGUUCCGUCUGCCACUGCCCACCUCAUCGCCGUCAGCAAUCAACUUUGGUUCUGGACUUGCGCACGUCAGGUACGAAGUGCGGGCCACCGUUGGCGUGUUCUGGAAAGGCGAGAAUCGCCUUGUCUUCGAUAAGAAGCCAGUCGACGUGGUUGAAAGCUUUGAUGAAGAACUUCUCCGAGGCGAGCCGGAAGCGGUGGUUGUCGGUGAGAACGGCAAGAUUUGGGCACAAGGCAAGGUGGUCGGCGGCUUCCUGGUCGCGGGACAGGCCGGUUGUGUUGAGCUACAAGUCAAGAAUCAUUCUCCCAAGAAGAACACCGGGCUCUCCGUGUCGCUGACGAGAGAGCUUGUCUUACCGAGCCAACCGCCGGAUCAGAAACAGCCUUUGCAGAUCUCGGAUACGCUAACAUCAGUAUCCUUCCGCGGACCGGAGUACAUCAUUCACCAAGGUUCUGAGGGCGUAGCAACCUUAGUCUUUGAUCUUCCCCGCAAUGCUAGGGGAAUCAAGGGUGGUCGGCGACAAGGCGACGAAGAGACAAACUGCACGGCCGACCCGCUGUUUGAGGUUCGAUGUUUGGUCAACGUGAAGCUAACCAUGGGGAUAGGCAGCAAAGACAUCAUGUUGAGCAUACCAGUGACCGUUCUGGACCCAAUUGCAGUACCCACUCUCCCUGCACCGGAACCGUACUUAGCCCAAUCGCCACCACUACAACCUUACGGCUCACCUGUUUUCGAUCCUCACUACAUGUCUGCAAUGUCUCCCCCUCCUUUCAUGGACCGACCUCUGAGUCCAUACUCCCUGUAUGGCCCUCCGAUGUCUCCUCCGUUGGUGCCUUACGUAGACCAAGGCCAAGUUUGGCUGCCUCCCCCAGUCCACAGUCCCUAUUACCACGCAUCUUCUGCUGCACCAAUGUCUCCGCCAUUAUCGCCUCCGAUACCCCAGCAUUAUUAUUAUCAACACCCACCACACAUUCCACAGUCCCUUGUCGCCCCAUAUGCCCCUCCACCACGACCCUCGAGUGUUGAACCGAUAUCCUCGGAGUCCUUCCACGGCCUGCCGUCUGGCCUCCCUACUACUCCUGUUCAGCAGCCACUCCUACCGCUUCAUACCGGCAACCACUCGCACCCCGCAGCAGAGCGCGAAGAAGGCAAAGGGGAACGCGCCUCACGCAUCGCGCUUCACCUCCGCAUGUCCUCGCGUCAUCGCUCCGCCUCGCCGCCAGCGCACAGGUAUGCCAUGCCUACCACGUCUGAAGCGCACACCCCUACCGCCCUUCUCUCGCCGACCGACCCCAUGCCCAUCCAACCGAGUCUCUCCCAUGCAUCUCCAGCACACAGCCCGUCCUCAUCUCCUCAGACUCCACAACGCCGUCCACAGACAUUAAAUCUGUCGGUUUCACCUGCGCUUUCCCAAGGAUCAGUAGCUUCGCCCCGGCCCAUGCUCUCGCCCAAGCAUUCCUUCUCGAUCGACCCCUUCACCGUGGUGACGCCAGUCGAACAGCUCGAGCGCAUCGCAGCACAGGUCGACUGCUCUAACGCAGACAUGUCUGGGCCUGGUGGCAGCCCGGCCUUGGACAAGCGAGACAAGACGCUUCCUCGCGUACCUCAGGAUACACGGAAGCCAUCUCCAGGUUCUACACGUCCGAAGGCGGACACGCUCUUCCCGCCUGACGCGGUGCCUAUGGACCAUACGCCUCCCACACCGGCGCUGGCGGCUGUCACGUCUCUCAAAGCGUCUAGGAACAACCUUAGCGUCGGUGGUGGAUUGAGCGGCUUGGAUGCGCUGGAGGCCAAGCUUCUGGCGGAGGUUGGUACGCGCAAGGUGGAAAGCUCCGAGCGGCAUCCGGACGUGCGAUCGGUCAUGCCCAUUACGAUCCCGCGCCAUACAGAGGGUGAUCCUGCCAACGACUCCGCGAUCUCGAGUCUUACGCUGCCUGGCUUAGACGCAGAGGUUAAGACUCUGCACGUAGGACAGAAUCUCGAGCUUCCUCAUGACCUCGACCUCGAUGACGACGACGACGAUCGAGCCUUGACGGAGCGCUGGGUGAGUCGAAAGAGCAAGGAGAACGUGAAAUCCAGCUCUUCGACGGGUACGCGCAAGUCGAAGGACAAGAAUAAGGACAAGGAAAGGCGCAGUGGGAAGCGCAGCGCGGGUAACGGGACCGCAGGCAAGAACGAGGAGGUUCAUCACAUGCGGAAGACUGCGCAAGGUCGAGUCACUGCGUGGUUAGGAAGCAUAGAGCCGGACGCCCCGCCGCAAUCGAGUACGCCACCGCCACUAAGCCCAGCGGUUGUAGCCGAUUUGUCGGACGUCGUGCGCGAGGACGCUCAGGGAAGAGUCGCUGCGUGGCUAGGGAGCAUGCGGGGGGACGCGUCGAAGUCGGGCAAGCCUCCUGCAAGCCCUAAAUUGACUGGCCAAGCUGAUGAACCACUUCACCAAGUGUCGCAGGAGAUACCACAGACAGAGACCCCCCGAGAUGUGUCUGCAGCACCCAACCCUCGCUCGUCUGGUUUCAUGCCCAUGGGAACGUACCGUGCACAGAAGCAGCAGCGCCAGGAUGCCGCUGAGGCCGCCCGUGUGGAGCAUGCGCGAGCUUUGAAGACACCUGUCUCUCCGCGCCUAGCUGUCUAUCCUCCUCGACCGCAAGGUUCUGAAGUACACUACGACAUUCGUUCUGCUCGUGGAGGCAAGGGAGGGAAGGUAACCGCAGUGGCCGCCAUCUGGGCGUCUGCAACUCAACAAAGCAAGGUGGAUCCAUCCAAACCGAUCAGUCCACCUAACGACAUAACGCGUCCGAGGGACGUCCAGCGCGUCAAGAGUGCAGCCAGCAAGUCACCGCCCCAAGUAGUAACAAAAGCUUCGCAUGCUCAGCCUGCGAAGAUCGCAAAGGCUGGUGUAUUUUCGGCAAGCAAUGAAUCUACCUCGAAGCCGACUUCCGUGGCCGACCUGACAGCUAGGCGUGCUAGGAUGAUAAAGUCGACCUCUGUUCCGGCGGUCGUAUCAUCUUCUCUGGCGACACCCAUGCUGUCGUCUACUGCCUCGCUUGCUCGUCCCGCACCUGCUGCUUUGGAUAGAAACAGAGCUAACAAGCUCAACGGCCCCCGGGUUGCGGAUCUGGAAAUGUCACUACCGUCAGUCAAGGAGGAUUCAACAAAGCCUCCGGCUACGAAAGGCGAACUCGCUUUCGGUCAGGCACGUCUUCGGGAACUCAUUAAACGAUAUCAGGGACAAGCGUCAUGACAUAUGGCUAUCUUUAUAAGAACUGUAUCCUGCAUCUUCCGUGUUACGCUUCGCUGCUGCUUCAUUGUCAUUUACUCUUCUGGUCCGGUCCCUGUGCGUCACUUAAUCGGUAAUCACCGUUUCUUGCUCUCAGGCAGCUCUCACAUUGUAUCAUUUGUUCCUGUACCCUGACGACCAAUGAUGACUCAUGAUGGACUCUGAUUCCUUAGAGGAAUGUUGACUGCAAUGAAACUCUAGCGCAUGUACCGACCGGCGGCUUUGCUGCAGCUGCAUCGAGUCUUUAACCGAAU